AGAGAGAGAGAAAGAAAAGAAAAACUGUGCAGCAGUCGAGACGGACGGUUCACUCACGUGGCGGUCGUUGAACGUGUAGCAUCUGAUUGUCGUCUCCAUCUGGUCCGCCAUUUUCUAUCUUGAACGAAAGCCAUUUGUCUGUUAUCGUCCACCCGGUUCAAAAAUCGAGUUCGUCUUUUCGACUUCCACGCAAACAAGUCGACAUCAGCUGUUCGUAUCGAUCGACAAAAAAACAAAACAAGAAAAAUGUGCCGCUCUUCGUAUUUCGCAGAGUCGUUUGUCCUCUUCCUCGUAUUAGCCGGAGGUGUCCGAGCGGCCUGGGAGGGCAGUUCGUGCCCGCGCUUCUGCCCGAAAGAGAACAAGCCAGUGUGUGGCAGUGACGGUGUCAUCUAUACCAACGAAUGUGACCUGUACCGCCGCAACUGCGGUCUUGAAGUGGAGACGGUGGAGGACAAGAUGUGCACCCGGUCACGCGGUUCAUUCUGCGGCAACAAAUGUAACCUGGACCGUGAUUUGGUGUGUGGUUCUGAUGGACGUACCUAUCUCAACAGCUGCGUACUUAAAGUGGAGACUUGCAAGCGGGGCAUUCGCUUGUCUCACGUCGGCCCGUGUAUGAAUGCGACAGCAUUAGAAGAGCCUUGUCCCGAACACUGCAGUCUGACCGAUCGGGACGGACCCGUUUGCGCUUCCAAUGGCAACGUUUACAAGUCAAUCUGCGAGAUGAAACGCCACACAUGCGGACAAGGUGUCGUCAAGACGUCGGAGAAAUACUGCCAGACGACCAGCCAUUGUAAGGAGAUCUGCUGGAAGGCCUCCAAAGCUGUCUGCGGCUCAGACGGCCACAUUUAUGCCAGCAGCUGUCAGAUGAAAGUCAGAAACUGCGGACGUCACGUUUUCGAAAUCCCAAUCAGCAACUGCAUCCCUCAAGAGCGCGCCAUCACCAACUGCCCCGCCGAAUGUGACAGCGCCGAGCCGGAACAGAUUUGCGGUUCCGACGGCAACAUUUACGCCAGCCCGUGUGAGCUCCGCAUGCUGAACUGUGGUUUGAUGCGCUUAUUUAGGCCAAACAGCGAUAAGGUGAUUGCCGUGGAUUGGCUCCGUUGCGCUGCUAAGGCGGCUCGUUGUUCUCUGCUGACUUGCAAAGACGAUCCCGAGAAUCCCGACUACGUUUGCGGUAAUGACGGACGCACCUACGCCUCCCCCUGCCACCUUCGUAUGGCUUCGUGCACUCGGGGUACUGAAUUAGCUCAUGUCGGCGCGUGCAUGAAGAUCACUCCUGAUAAUCAAUGCGCGGAAUCGUGCCCUGAGCAGCGGGAAUCUGACCUUCCAGUUUGCGGAUCGGAUGGCAACGUCUACAGAACUGAAUGCGAGAUGAAGAAACAAACGUGCGGCCAGCACGUCAUUCCCGUAGCGCUUCACCAUUGCACUGCCACAGAGUCUUGCAACAAUCAAUGCGACCGCAAAGUCCAAUCGGUUUGUGGCAGCGACGGCAAAAUUUAUCGCAACUUGUGCGAGAUGCGCAGCAAACACUGCGGGAAAUACGUGUACGAGGUGCCCAUGGCCCGCUGCCUGGCCCUGGCCGGUUUCCGCUUCACUGGCUGCAAUCGCAUCUGUCCUACCGAGUACGACCCAGUUUGCGGAACGGAUCGCAAAACCUAUUCCAACGAAUGUUUCCUUCAACUGGAGAACUGUCGCUCUCGAUCUUUAGUCGUCAAAAAAUAUCACGGAAAAUGCGGAGAACCCGUCGCAGAACCCAAGGCUUAUAUCUAUUAAAUUGAACCUAAAGAGAGACUAAAGAGGAGCUUUCCUUCUGAAGAUCGUCAUGGCGUUUUUGAGCAUCGUCUCUGAUUUUCAAUUAUUAUUUUUUUUUUUUUGCCUUUGUGUGUUUUCGUUAUGCAAUCAGGACAUGCAGCAAUCGCGCAGUUGUUGUCGUUGACGCUCUGUUUUACUCCAAUCGGAUGAUAACGGUUUUUUAUUUAAAGGUUUUUUAAAGAGAGAAGAUUGAUUUGUGAGUGAAGGACGUUUUUUUUAAAAUAAUAUUUGAAUUUGCGGUAGUAUUUAAAUCGUUAAAUAUAACUUUUUGCCAUAUUUUUCAACGCGGUUGUCGAUUUUGAAUUACACGAAAUAUGUAGCAGUUUGAUACUUGAUACUCGCUUCAGCUCGCACGACUUAUCGGUUUAAGAUAUUUCGUCCCCAAGAAGGAAAACAAAAAAUGUAAUGCGCAGUUGUUAAGUAUUAAUCAUCGCAUUCUUUCCUCUUCUCGCUAAACAAUUUGCUGUUGAUUGCAUUUUGCGGCAGAUUCGCGAACUGAACGCCCUCCUUUUCUGUCUUUUUUUUUGUUCUGUUUAAUUUUUUAAAUGGUGUUUUUUGUAAUCAACAAACAAACAAAAAAAAAAUGAUGUUCAGCAAUAAAUAGUUGAAGCCCCA